AAUCCAGACAAAAGACGGCUGCAGUUCCACGGCGGCGCGCACUGAGCCAGAGCAUCUGGAGCACCUUGAAGGGGCAGCACGGCGGGACUCAUUCGAAAACGCCGGAACGCACAGCAGRCACGCCGACAGGACAGACACGCCCUCUAAAUCCACCUGAAACCCCCCGAGCCGGCUAAUUGACCUUGGUAAAGGACACAGGCAGAGAAAGUGAGCCCCCAUUUAUCCGUAAAGGCAGAACAGCGCGUUCCCAUGAUGUCAUACCUGUGGAUUCUGCUAUUAGGGAGCCUGCUGGCCUCACACGCCAAAGCGCAAGAUGAGGGAGACGUAACGGUUGCUCCAGAGACGGAAGACACGGCAACAGAACCAAUGGAUCUAGCGGUUGAUGGAGAAGCUGAUGGAGAAGCUGAUGACACAGCGGAGACGGAAGCAUCAGAAACAGAAGGUGAAUUAGACACAGCAACUGACCCUGCGCCAACGUCAGACAAUGACCCAGAAGCUGACCCUGAGCCAACGUCAGAGCCUGAACCAGUAGAUGACUCUGACCCAGCGGCUGACCCUGAGCCAACGUCAGAGCCUGAACCAGCAGAUGACUCUGACCCAGCGGCUGACCCUGAGCCAACGUCAGACCCUGAACCAGCAGAUGACUCUGACCCAGCGGCUGACUCUGAGCCAACGUCAGACCCUGAACCAGCAGAUGACUCUGACCCAGCGGCUGACCCUGCGCCAACGGCAACGCCUGAACCAGCAGAUGACUCUGACCCAGCAGCUGACCCUGAGCCAACGUCAGAGCCUGAACCAGCGGCUGACCCUGAAUCAGCAGAUGACCCUGAGCCAACGGCAGCACCUGAACAAGAAGAGGACGCUGAGCUACCGGCUACACCUGAGAAUGAUGGUGUUGUAGAGUCAGAGACAUCCACAGCAGGAGUUACAGCAGUUACACCUGCUGUAACUUUCACAGUGGGUGCUGAAAUUGAACCAUCUCCCACACCACAAGAUGAUGAUGAUGAUGAUGAUGAUGUGGAAGAGCUUGAAAAAACAACUCCUGCACCUGAGGUUGCUGACCCAACUGUUGCACCCUCUAAGCCUGAAGAGGGGGUCCCCCAGGGAAAAAAAUUUAUUCCACCUAUCGAGGAACCAAUUGUAAAGGCGGAUGUUAAAAUUAAUCAUAACCAAGCUCCAAAGGCUGAUGCCAGUUCAGAAGAUCCAGAAGCUUCCAAGCCUCAAGGCUCUACACAUUUAGCAGCAAUCCUGUCUGGAAUCAUUGUGUCUGCAGUGGGAGCAGUCUGUGGGUACUUUGCUUAUCAGAAGAGGAAUGUGUGCUUCAAAAAAGGUCAAGAACCAGAUCCCGAGGGUGGAGCAGCCAGAGCAGCCCCACCAGACGCUAAGUCGGAACCCAACGAACAAAACACCCUGCUAGAAAGUCCCAGUCAACAAACGUCUGACUAGCCUGGGCCAACUUCAUUCAAGCAGAGGCAAUCUCACUGUUAGGCUCUGCACCGAAGAGCUAAACUACUGUGAGGCCUCAGAGCAGGCCUGUGUGUUUCUGAUCGUGUAAGUGUGUGUUGGUCUGCGUGAGCUUGUGCGUGUGUAUGCGUGCGUGUGUGUGUGUGUGUGUGUGUGUGACUUCAUUCUUGUGUGGGGCAAAGGAGUUAGAUAAAGAUCUAGUGGUUUCUGGUUAUUCCAACAAGGCAAUUUAUUAAAAUGAUCAAUCAAAAUCCAACUUUGUUUUUUUUUUGCCAAGUUGCCGUCAAAGAGAUUAAAUCUCAUAUCAACUGUGACCGUAAAAAUAUCCCAACUCUGCAACAUUUUUCUUUUAUUUGAGAUGGCUACUACAUUGUUCUGGUAAUUCAAUAUAAUUCAAAACCUUCCAUAAAAUGGCAGGUUUUUUGCUCUCCGUGAGUGAAAAACCUCACGGAGAGUAACGGAGGGUGAUAUUGUACGUAUUGAACUAGUACUUUUUAGCAUUUAUUGAGCCAAACAUAUGAUAAUGAAAGUAUACAAAUGUCCUAAAGAAAAAAAAUAUAUAUAWAUAUAACAUAAGUUAUCUCUUGUAAAAGUGUAGAAUAAGAGGACAAGAAGUGGCAUGAAUUACUAUCACUGUACUUUGUGAAUUUUGACAUAGGAGAAGUGUUAGAGGAUUUUAUUCCUAGUUUUAGGGGAAUGCCCUGAUUUAGGUUAUCAUGUGCUUGGAAUACCAACGGCAUCACUGUAGUACCAUGUUUUCUUUAGUUUUGUCCUGUUUUGUUUUGUUUCUCUCUGGUGAAGGGACUCAGACUUAAAUCUGGUUCAGUGACUGUUUCUCCGUCAGCUGAAUAGAUUAGUCGUUGACAUUUCUUAUUGACAUUUGAAAUAGACAAUAAUCAGAUACAGACAGUUCAUACCCUUUGAUUUUUUUUUUGUCACAUAACAACCACGAUCUUUAUUGUAUCUUGUCGGGAUUUUUACGUGACAGACUCGGUCGAAGCAAAGCAGAGUUGUGAAGGGGAAGCACAUAUAGAGGCAGAUCUUUUGUUCUUUUUUCUUUUUUCUUCCAAAAUAGUUAAAACUUUCAGAUUCAAUGGAGGACAUCCAUUUUUGAGUCUUCACUAAAUUAACGUCUAGACCAUUCUAUAAUUCUGUAAUCCGUAAAAAAUAUAGUCAUUUGCAUUUUGGCCAAAAUGUUCAGCUGUUUUCUCAUUUGACCAGAACAGCAUAUUUGCUGCGUCCUCUACAUGACAUCUCAUAAACUUUUAAAUUAAGUGAAAACUCUUGCCAGAGUCUUUCCAUCUAUGGAAUGAUGAUUUGAAUACUUAGUGAGAAGUUUAGAGAUUUGGCUAUUGUAUUGUUUUUAAUCUAAACCUGCUAUUCACUUCUUUACAACUGAACUAGUGAGUUAAAGUACAUACAGUCAGGUUUUAAGGGAACUUCAGAAGUUCGUCACACUAUUUAUGUUUCUUUGGGGACAAUAACAUAUUGGUUGUUAUGUGACAAAAUAUGAAAAGGCUCAAGAAGUAUUAUCACACAACAAUCAUUGCUGGGGUUUUUUUCCAAUAUUUUAAAUUCGCCUAAAUUUAAUCCAAAAGACAAAGGGACAUCUAACAAUGAAAAAGUAAAAAAAAAAAAAAAAAAAACUUAAUGUAAUUAUGUAUAUGCAUUUGUUUUGUUAGUUUUGUUUAGUUUUUUCUGUAGUAUGUGUAGUUGAGAUGCAGUAAUUUCUUUGUUAUAGUGCCUUUCACUGUCACAGCCUGGCUUGAUAAAUCUAAAGGCACACAGAGAAGACAUAUGGACUAAUAAUAUCAAAACAAGCGAUUCACACAAAACAAUAAAAGGAAGGUGCUGCAUGCUGCUCAAAAUUUAAACAAAAUGAAUUUGAAGGUAUGGUACACGCAGGGUGAUGAGAGCAACAAACAGUAUGCUUUAAACAGGCCGGCUUUGUUUCUUCAACAAACAAUUUUACCAACUUGAUCUGAUUUUAUGUGCAAAGUUCUCCUCGGUGUGUGUCUCUUCAUUGAAACAAGCCAAUUAGUGCUGUCAGUGUUUUUGUAUCAUUCAUAGACGGACAACAUUCACCUGUGACCUUUAUAUGAAUUUCUACCAUCUUAGCAGUGGUGCCUCUGAGCCGACACUGAUGGUUUUUUGAGUCCACUAGAUUCCUGUGGUAUUUUGUGAUUUUUGUGAAAAUGCCUCAGAAGACGCCGCGCUACUGCCUUUUUUUUCCCUGCCUCCUGCCACUGUAGCACAAAUUAACUUCUGAAUGUCUUUUCUUUUGCCUUGAAGUUUUGUACUUUCUGUACUUAUUUUAAAUAAAAUAAUGUGGUUAUACUGGUGGUAUAGUGUCGCAGUUCCUGAGGUGUUAGCUGUAAAGCACUACAUAGCUGCAAUACAGGACAGAGACUGUUGCUAACAGCCUAGCCUUGAGCUGAGAAAUAGUCUGUGAUGUCACAAUAAUUGUUUUUUAUGAACUGUGGGCCGAACGCAAGUUUGAUGCUCUGCUUACUGCCAUCUUAUUCUGUAACCACCGAUAGACAAUAGACAGUUUUAUCUUGAGAUGUUAAAGCAAGUGGAUAAUAUGUCUGGCGUAGAGUGAAAAUGCACAAACUACCCAUUGUAUAACAGUACAAGCUUUCUUAGAUAGCCAUCAAUGCCUUCAAAACAGAUUAUCUUCCUUUAAGUGCAGCGCUCUCCCCCUUCUGUGCACAUUCCACGGGAUGCUUUAAGAUUCAGCAAAAGCACUCUGAUGUCCUGCAGUGUAAAUUCAGACUCAUUUAAUACGCAAGAGAAUUCCUCAGUGCUAAUCUGCUUUACACUUUUCCCCUAAAAGUCCCACAAAGGCACAAUGUAUUGGACUGCAGCAUCCAAACCAGAAUGUAAACCUUUGGGUCCUGAAGUGCACUUUCCAGAUCAAACAAAAGGGCAUCAAACAUGACGCUAACCAGUGCUGCCUUAUCAUUUAUAUCAUCUUGAAUAUUUCUGAGAGGGAAACAAAAGAACAGCGUCGACAUCAACAGAAAGAUGAGCAGAGAUUUUGUUGUUUUGUUUUGUAAGAACAUUCUCAAUUGGAGAAGCACUUUCCUAUCCUGUAUACACAUUGACUUAUUAAAUGCAUUUAGACAAGUGUAAAGCUUUCCCUGUUAAUUUAAUAUUCCAUGUUGAUAUUUCAUGUAUGAACUGUCUUCUUCAAUGUCAUUCAAGCACUUGUGCUCGACUGGAGUUGUGUAAAUAAUGUUUGACAAGUCGAUUAAAAACUUUUCGUGGGA